AGAGAGGAUUAUAAAACAGGAGAAAGCUCUCACACAGGCAGGGUGCAUUCUGAGAUUCCUGGAGGCAGGAUCGCCAUUUUGGACUGAGGUAGAGGUAAGAGCCAGUGGCUGGCUUUUUUGCUUCUCUGACCUACAGUUUGAACCACAGUUUCUGUCUCCGGAUUUUUAUUAAUCAUGCUACACACUCGUGUGUAAAUACAACGUUCUGAAAAGUGUCUUUAUCAGGCCUAUUGGCACACCUUUAAUCCCAACACUCAGAAAACCCAAACUCACUGUGUAGACCAGGCUGGACUGAAAAACUCAGAGUUCCACUUAUCUGUUUCUUCCAAGUGCUAGGAUCAAAGAUGUGCACCAACGGGAUAAUUCAAACUGUUUUUUCCUGUGUGGUCUGUUGACAGCAGGUGGUGUGACUGUGGACUUCUCCCAGGAGGAGGGGCAGUGCCUGGUCCCUGGGCCCCAAGGGCUUUGUGCUGGCACUGGAUGUUGCAGAACUGCAGCCAACUGAUUUCUGUGGGUGAGAAUUGUUUGUUUGCAAUCUCCGUUGCUCUUCCUCAAACGAAUCUGCAAGUGUGCGAACUUUGUUUGAAUGAGUCUCACAUCCCACAGAAUAAAGUGAAAUUCUCAGAGGAAAAAAGAAAUUGUCUUGAAAAGUUCUCUCUUCUUCAUGUGUGUCCUUUUGAGAAGUGUGAAGACUUCAUCAUUAUUGGUCCAUGAUCAGUUCAGAAGCUCACUAUAUAUUAUAUUCUCUUUCCAAUCAUUCUACCUCCCGGUUUUGAUUGGGCUGUGAUUGAAAGUGGAAUUCAAGUUAUGAUAAUUAAAAAUGUUUUCUUUCAAUUUGUUUUCUGUGUUCUGACACUGGAGGACAGUUGGGGAAUCACUUGUAUAAUCCUGCAUUUUGUUUCCUCUUCAUCUACUGGGCACAGUACAGUAUUAGAAAUCCAGGGGCAUCCGGAACAAUCUCUUUCUCAUGUGCAGGGAUCUCUGAUCAACCAGAACUACUCACCUGUGCAGCAGAACAAAGGGCCUGGAAGGAGAGGAGACAGCAGCUAAGGAUGCAGGGAAGCAAGCCAUUCAUUUUUUGUGUCUAAAAGAGAAACUCAAGAAGAGAAGCAGUAAGAAAUGAUGGAUUCUCCAGCAAAUCUGUCACAGGGUCUAUUGACAUUUAAGGAUGUGACUGUGAACUUCUCAAAAGAGAAGUGGGAAUGCCUGAAUUCUUCUCAGAGGGCUUUGUACAUUGAUGUGAUGUUGGAGAAUUACCGCAACCUGGUCUUUGUGGAGAAUUACUGCAAAUUUGAUCCUGCCCAUCAACAUGUGAAGACUGUAAAAGAGUCUUGUCAGUGUAAUGAGCUUGGAAAACUGCUUCAUGACCUCUCCACAUGUGUACUUUAUAGAACAAGUGAAACUACAGAAAACUCUAAUAACUACACAUGCAGUAAUAACAGGGAUGCCACUGUUGACUCAUCAAACCUAGAUACACAUGAAUGCUUGCACACUGGAGAAGAAUCUUGCAAAUCUAAAGACUAUGAUAAAUCUAUAAAUUUGUAUUUCAACAUUACUCAAGAUCAGAGACUCUACACUGCAAAGAAAGAACACAAACAGGUAGAAUAUGAUAAUUAUUUCAGCUCUGCAUACAGUCUUUUGCAACAACCAAUCAUUGCAGAGACACCACACCAAUGUGAGAAAUGCCAGAAAUGCUUCAGGACUGCCUCAUACCUCACUGUACACCAGAGACUUCAUAGUAGAAUGAAACCGAACCAGUGCAUCAUUUGUGAAAAAUCCUUUAUCCAGCGUUCAAAGCUUAAAAUACAUCAAAGACUUCAUGCUGGUGAAAAUCCUUACAAAUGCAAAGAAUGUGGAAAGUCAUUUCAUCACUUGUCAGCAUUUCAUAGACAUCAGAAUUUGCAUACUGGAGAAAACCUUUACAAAUGCAAGGGAUGCGAUAAAUUCCUGGCCCACUGGUCCACGUUCAAGAAACAUCAGAAAAUACAUGCUGCUCGGUGGCAGCGUAAUUGUCAAGAUUAUGGCAAGGUCUUUCAUCAGUUUUCUCAGACUAAAAGACAUCUCACACUUCAUACUGGACAGAAACCUUACAAAUGUAAGGAAUGUGACAGAUCCUUUGCCCACUGGUCCACUUUCAAGAAACAUCAGAAAAUGCAUGCUACCAGGAGACACUAUAGUUGUCAAGAAUGUGGCAAAGUCUUUCAUCAGCUUUUACACUUUAAAAGCCAUUACAGACUCCACACUGGAGAGAAGCUUUUCAAGUGCAAUGAAUGUGACCGAUCUUUUCUCCACUAUUCAUCAUUGAGUAGGCAUCAGAAAACUCAUUCUCUAGAGCAGUUUCACAAAUGCAAAGAAUGUGGUAAGUCCUUUCUUGAAUUAUCACUUCUUAAAAGGCAUUACAGGAUCCAUACUGGUGAAAAACCUUACAAAUGUGAGGUCUGUGACAAAUCCUUUACCUGGGACUCAACCCUUAGAAGACAUCAGAAAAUUCAUACUGGAGAGAAACCUUACAAAUGUUUGGAAUGUGACGAGUACUUUACUCUACACUCAUAUCUUAUUGCACAUCAGAAAAUGCAUAUUGAAGAGAAACUUCCUAAAUGCAAAGACUGUGACAUAUCCUUUAUCCAUAUUGCAGGUCUCAGAAAACAUCAGAGUGUUCAUACUGGAGAGAGACCUUACAAAUGUCUGAAAUGUGACAAAUCCUUUAGCCACAUGUCAAAUCUCAGAACACAUCAAAGAGUUCAUACUGGAGAGAGACCUUACAGCUGUCAGGAAUGUGACAAGUCUUUUGUCCAUUCUAAUGGUUUAAGAAAACAUCAGCAAAUUCAUACUGGAGAGAAACAUCAUAAAUGCAAAGACUGUGGUAAAUCAUUUAUCCAUAAUGAAAAUCUUAGAUUACAUCAGAGAGUUCAUACUGGAGAAAGACCUUAUAGAUGUAAGGAAUGUGACAAGUCCUUUAUCACUUGCUCACAUCUUAGAAGACAUCAAAGACUUCAUACUGGAGAGAGACCUUACAGUUGUCAGGAAUGUAACAAAUCUUUUACUAGGUGUGCAUAUCUUAGAGCACAUCAGAAAAUUCAUACUGGAAAGAAACUUUACAAAUGUAAAGACUGUGACAUAUCCUGUGUCAAUAUUACAAGUCUUAGAAGACAUCAGAGAGUUCAUGCUGAGGAGAAACCUAACAAAUCUUUAGAAUCAGCAAAGUCCUUUACCCAGGACUCACAACUGAAAACACAUCAGAGUGUUCAUAAUGAGGAGAAACCUUACAAAUGCAUGAAAUGUGACAAGUCUUUUACCAGUUGCGCACAUCUUAGAAGACAUCAGAGAGUUCACACUGGAGAGAAACCUUACAGUUGCCAGGAAUGUGACAAGUCCUUUACCACAUGUACAGAUCUUAGAAGACAUCAGAGAGUUCACACUGGAGAGAGACCUUACAGUUGUCAGGAAUGUAAUAAAUCUUUUAGUAGGUGCGAAAAUCUUCGAAGACAUCAGAAAAUUCAUACUGGAAAGAAACCGUACAAAUGCAAAGACUGACACAUCCUAUAUACAUAUUACAGGUCUUAGGAAACAGAAAAUUCAUACUGGAAAGAAAUAUGCCAUUGUAAGUAAGGGGACAUUGCAAUUUCCAGUAUUCUCUGCUUAUAAAUCACAGCAGUAUACACAACAGAAACAGAAAUAUAAGAAAGUUGUGAAAGCUUUUAAUGAGGCAUAAAUCUUAGAAAAUAUCACAGUUUAUGCAGAAAUAAAUUCUCUCAUGUUACUGUGGUAAAAGCUUUUUUCUUUUCAUGUUUAUGUGUGUGUUGCCCAUUGUUUUACUGUGCACUACAUGUAUGCCUGGUGCAGGAGAAGGCCUGAAGGGUCAUCAGAUGCCCUGAAACAUCCAGACAACUGUGAGCUGCUGUGAUGGGGAAUUAAAGCCCAAUCCUCUUAAAGAGCAACCAGUGUUCUUAAGCCCUAAGUGAUAUCUCCAGCCCCUCUGAAAAACUAAUAAAAUCAUUUAUCUUGUUUAACACCCAGAAAUUCAUAGCAGUGCCAGAC